UAUUAAUGAGGGAGGAGUCGAGUCCCUGUUGAACAUUUGGUAAAGUAGAGGCAACCUGUUAGAGACUGAGAAGUUAAAGUGAGUGAGUGAGUGAGCGGCGGGGCUAACCUGGAAUUACUAUGGCCCUUGCAGAAACAGUCCUGCCUUCAAUCAGCUCAUUCGCCAACCCCGUCAACUUCCAGGAGAAACAGGACGAGAUCAUUAAGUGGUGGGAAGUGGAGGACAACUCAACCAAGCUGAACGCCACCAGUGGCAGGAUCUCAGUUGGAGUUGGGUCCAGGCCCCUUCUUGCACCCGACCAGAUCAAACGAGAAGAUGAGGACUUCAGUUCCUUAUUGGACCUGGAUCUCUUCCUGUCGGAUCUAUCCGGCGCUGAGCAUGACGCCAACACGCCCGUGCCCCCCAGGUACCCACUGGCACAGGUACCGGACAGCCACAGCGGCAAAUUUAAGAGGGAAGCCCACCAGUCCGCAGAGUGGAGCAGCUCGGACCCUCCGGGCACCAGCCUGGUGGCUGAACUCAUGUCCGCGGAUGUCCAAACAAGUCAGCUGAGACCAAGCGCCCAGGUCAACGGUAUUGACCUACGCUGUAAAACUUACACCACCCUGGGAAGCGCGGACCAGGGACCUUCAUCUCCGCUGCUGGAGAAGCUGGGGGCAUGCCCGCCAAUGCCAACGGGAGAUGGUGGCCAUAAGCAAGGCCGCCUGGCGCCAAGUUCCUCCAACACCGAGCAGAAGCCCAUCUUGCUACCGAGGGGCCUCCUUGGCCGCCAGUUCUAUCCCCAGGUGGGGACAACAUCUCCAGCAGAUCUGAGGUCGCUCCCGAGGAGCCAGCAGAUGUCCCAGUACCAGCUGCCCGACUAUUACCGGCACCAGCACCACCUUCACCAGCCGGGGCCACUCAAUUACCAGGUGCUGUCCCGAUACCCCUCGUACUACCCGCAGCAGCCUGCACCCCAGUACCAGGGCCAGAUCCACUUCUGUACGUCUAACCUCAAGAGCCCCUUGCCCGGGCACGCCGCCGCCACCUUGUUGACCCCGUCCCCGCUCCCGGGCUCGGCGCCGUCUCCCGCCGAUGGCGAGGACCCCAAGCACAAGCGGACGCGGAAGACCUGGGCGAGGAAGAGAGUGGCCAGUCACGGCUGCGAGUACCCUGGCUGCGGGAAGGUGUACACCAAGAGCUCUCACCUGAAGGCUCACCUGCGCACUCACACAGGUGAGAAGCCGUACCAUUGCACCUGGGAAGGAUGUGGAUGGAAGUUUGCCCGCUCCGAUGAGCUGACCCGCCAUUACCGCAAGCACACGGGCCACCGACCCUUCCAAUGCCACCUGUGUGAACGAGCCUUCUCCCGCUCCGACCACCUGGCUCUUCACAUGAAGCGGCACAUGUGAACCACCCACCCCAGGGCUGGACCUGUCGCCCAUGGACAACCCCCCCCCACAAUGGUGACCUCCAUCUCCAUCUCCAUCUCCAACCAAGACCAUGGGACGCAGGAGGUCAAACGGUCAAACGGGAGACACAAAGCCCCAAAUUGGGUGGGUGAGGGGUGAGGGGUGGGGGGGAGGGUUUGGGGUGGGGGAAGAGAUGACCAGCUGGAAGGAAACGCAAGCGACUCCAAUCUUGUGCAAAUACAAAGUGCUGGAGAAACUCAGCGAGUCGGGCAGCAUCUUUAUCGGGAGAUACAGCGCGGAUACAGGCCCUUUGGCCCACCGAGUCCGAACCGACCAGCGGUCAUCCCUAUGCUGCACGCUAGGGACAAUUUACAACUUACCGAAGCUGAGUAACCUACAAACCUGCACGUGUGGGAGGAAACCGGAGCACCCGUAGAAAACCCACGUGGUCAUGGGGAGAAGGUCCAAACUUCAUGUAGAAAGCACCCGUAGUUGGGAUCGAACCUGGGACCCUGGUGCUGGAAGGCAGCAACCCUACCGCUGCGCCAUCGUGCCGCCCUCAAAGAGCAGUACAUCGGGUCGUUCGGUCCACCUCAUCCAUGCUGGCCAAGCUGCCAUUCUUGGGAAGCCCCAUUUGCAUGCAUUUGGCCUGUGUCCCCCGAAACACUGGAGGCAAAGUACAGACCACCAUUCGGGUUGGGACCCUACAUCUUGGUUAGCCUAAAACCCAAUGGUAUGAACAAUGAAUUCUCCAAUUUCAAAUAAUAUCCUUUCCACUCCCCCAACCCCAAUUUGCGCACAUUUCUUAGGAGGGAGAGAUAGAUCAGCCAUGAUUGGAUGGCGGAGUAGACUUGAUGGGCCGAAUGGUCUAAUUCUGCUCCUAUCACUAAUGAUCCCCGGUUGAGUCCACGCAUUGUUCCCAAUCUCACCUCUUCUCUUUCCGCCAAUCAAUGACCUCCUUACUGACCUUCCUGCACCCUCUCCCUGUCACUCCUAACUGUAGAUAUAAUAAGUGUUCAUAUUCUCAUCUCCUGACUUCUGACCUAAAGGACUACAUCCAUUGGGCAAACCAAUGACCUUUUACCCAGAGUUCAUAGGUUCUAGGAGCAGAAUACCACCAUUCGGCCCAUCAAGUCUACUCCACCGUCAUUGGGAGGUGGGGCGGGGGUGGGGCGGGGAACCGGAGCACCCGGAGGAAACCCACGCUGGCCACGGGGGGAGAACGUGCAAACUCCACACACCCAGACAGCGGCCGAGGUCAGGAUCGAACCUGGGUCCCCGGCGCUGCAAGGCAGCGACUGUACAACGACGGCUCCAGUCUGACGCCUUCUGUCCGAAAUUGAUCCCAUUUCCCUGUUUGUUCCUUCCCUUUGGGACUUAAUUGGGGAUUUAAUUUGCAGUUCCGUUGCUGACUGCACCUUGGUAUUUUCAACGCUCUGUCAGUGAGAAACAUUCACCUGUAUCCAUUGUAAAUAAGCAUCGCGUUCACAGGGCAAGCAGUGUAAAUAGAUUAUCCUGGAACAGUGAAUUCCUGUCUGAGUAGGGUGGGUGAUUAUUUUGUAUUUCUGACCCCCCCCUCGGUGGUGAAUCUGAAAUAAAGUAUUUUGGUUUUGUC